CACAAAUUUCAACAUCAAGAAAUUUUUGACGCAACAUUUCUAUUGAUAAUUCUUGGUAAAAUUUCUGCUAAGGAGAUCUUUUAAAGUGUCUAWUUUGCCGACUUUCCAACAAUGUGUAGUAUUGAAGAAGACGAAGUUUCGAUCGAACAUCAACCACGUGUUCAAGUCAAUGCUGUUUGCAUGAAGUGUUCUGAUGCUAAGGCUGUUGUUCUUGUACGAUUGAAUGACCCUCUAUGUAAAGCCUGUUUCCUGGCCUACUUUACACACAAAUUCCGUGCAACAAUUGGCAAAGCAAGAGUCAUCAGGCAUGAGGAUAAAGUUCUCUUGGCGAUCUCCGGUGGGCCCUGCUCGCUUGCCAUGUUGAAGUUGGUCGCUCAAGGAUAUAGCGAGAGUGUCGCUAGAAAGUUUCGUUUUAUUCCAACCGUUGUGUACAUAGAUGAAGGAGCAGUGUUAGGUCUAAGCCAGGAUGAGAGAGAAAGGGUUAAAAAAGAAGUACAAAAUUUUGUUGUUGAAAAUGGGAAUUUUGCUUUUCACGAAGCGCCUUUGGAAGAUUUAUUCAAUGAUGAAACCAGUGACGCUGUCUCUGCAACMAAGAAACUUCAAGACUGUUUUAACUCAAUAUCUUCACUAACAGCCAAGGAAGACCUCCUCAAGUCUCUAAGAAAACAACUUUUGGUGCAAAUAGCUUCUGCCACAGGUAACCCAAAGGUUAUGUUGGGAGAUUCUGCAUCAAGAAUAUCUAUAAGACUGCUUUCUAAUAUCUCACAAGGAAGAGGGGAGGCACUGUCAUACGAUACAGGCUUUAUUGACAGUCGCCAUGGUGACAUUAUAAUUUUACGUCCAAUGAGAGAGUUUGUUGCUAAGGAGAUAUCGCUGUUCAAUUUUUUCAGCCAAAUUGAUGCUAUUAACAUCCCUACCUUAGCAACCAAAUCUGGUUGUUAUGCAAGCAUUGAUAGAUUGACAGAGAAUUUUGUAAGUGGGCUGCAAGCACARCUGCCAUCCACAGUUAAUACAAUUUUCAGAACUGGUGAUAARCUCACAGAGGCGAAAGAUCUGAAAGAGAAGUGUUCUCUUUGUGGUAUCCCUGUGGGAUUUUCCCUUGAAAGUGCUAUUGGAGAGCUAGAUUCUCUGUCACUGGAUUAUMWGCCAGGUCAACUUGAAGCAAAAGACUCUAGUUCUUGUAUUUCUAGAGAUAGUUCUCAAGUGGAAAGUAGGAAUAGUUCUCAAUCAGAAAAAACUUUGUUUGAUCUUUGUAAAACACUUUGUUAUGGUUGUACAUUAACUUUGAAGGACAUGAAAGAAGGUUUUGAGAUUUUACCUUCAUUUGCUCAGAUGUCAGCCAGGCAAAAGCUAAAUCAGUUAGAGAUGAAAGAGCAAUUACAUGGAUUUUUGAUUGGCAACUAACCAACAUUAGGCAUAUUGUAAUAAAGUAUAUACAUAUACCAGCUGUUUUAGACAUGGUAGGCUUUUUACAGGUCCUGGAAAAUGUGGAGUUUUAGAUUCUUUCCAGGCCUGGAAAGGRAUGUAAUCUUUAGAUCUUUAGACAUUCGGGGGUGGGGGGGUGGAGUAACAUCUUUCAUAAGUUCGUUAGAGUGAAAAAACAUUGAAAAAACAAAACAUAAGUAAUGUGUAGCACUUAUAUUUAUUYAAUCAAUAAAAUAUAUAUUGAGCUUGUCAAUGA